AUGGCAAUUUUCGAAAACUGGCUACGGGAGCUAGAUGCAAGAUUUACAAGGCAAGGCGGGAAGGUUGUCUUGAUCGUGGAUAAUUGUCCUGCCCAUCGUCAGGUUGAUGGACUCAAGUCCAUCAGUCUCGAGUUCUUGCCAGCCAAUAUCACUGCAGUGAUCCAGCCAAUAGAUCAAGGGGUAAUACAGAACAUAAAAGUUCAUUACCGGAGACAGCUGCUCCAGCGAAUGCCGCUUUGUGCUGACACUGACAAGUACUACAAUGUAGAUUUGUUGGCUGCUAUUCACAUUUUGGCCCACGCCUGGGAGCAAGUACAGACAACAACCAUACAGAGGUGCUUCCACCAUGCGGGCUUUCAAGCUCAAGAACUAGUACAUGAAGAGGAAAGCCUGGCUGAUGCUGAUGCUGAUGCAGUAUUUGAUCAGGUUGUGCCUUCUACCCCUUUCACACGACAGGACUAUGAGACGAUUGAUGAAAGUGUUCAAGCCUGUUGCCAGGAGAUGCUUGAGGAACUGAUUGCUGAAGUGCAAGCUGACAAUCAACCUUUCUCCAGCGAUGAGUGUGAUGACAUCAUUGCCAGUGCAGAGGUGCCACCGGACAGUGCAGCUAAGGAGGCUGUUGAACUUUUGCAGCGAUAUUUUGAGCAUGAGAGUUGUCCUGACUUUCUGUCUAGCUUGUCAAGCAUGGGUGCUUACUUUGUUAAGAAGCAGCUCAAGCAUGCCAAGCGAACCACACUUCACUCAUUUUUUGCCCCUACUCAUCCUGAUAAGUAA